AUGUCUACCGCAGAUCAAUCAGGCCGCGGCGGCGAGCAAGCUGCUGAGAACACAAAGGACUUCUUCAAGAAAGCCGGAGUAGGCAGCCACCUCUACGCGACGUGUCAAUCGGGGCUGACCAGGUUGUCGCUCAGGAUUUCUCUGAAGGACUCCGCAAAGACAUCAACGCUUUCGCCGACAACAUCGUAGGAAGCAAGAGUGGCACCCACUCAAACACCGCCGACCGCGAUCGCGAAUACACGACCGGCUACACUGGGUCAACAGGGAGCUCGGGCGUAACGGGGAUGCAUGCAGGCAGUGGUGUGCAUCCUACUACAACGAGCGAGGGUCCCCUUGGCGGCGCACACAGAGAGCAUCAGGGAGCCGGAGGCAAUGUAACUGGAUCGCAUACCAGCAGCGGCAUACAUCCUGAUGCUGAGAGGACUGGCGAAGGCUUGGCGAACGCAGCCGAGCGCGCUGGUGAGAAGUUGAGCGGAAACUCGCACCAGACGUCCACUGGAGCUGGAGCGGGAUAUACUCGCUAG